ACCGACAGGAAGAGGGCUAUGUUUUGGGAAUAAGUAUGACCCAAGACUGUUUAUAUAUAGGAACAACCGAGUGUAACUAACUGCCAUUAUAGAGGAGUCGGUGAAUACUUGUUAAAUGUAUCGUUACAUGCAGCUAACAUUUGGAUUGUAGCUACUUUUACUUCACUUUCCAUGUCGAGUCUUCACCUCGGAACGCACUUCCGCGUUGUGUGUUAUCGGAUGAAAGUGGUGCAGUGUGGUGAUGCAUGGUGGUUUUUGAACGCCACUAGCCUGGGUCUGUCCCAGGCAUGAAGAGGAAAGCUAACGCUAUGGGUGCAACUCAGAGCUCUGAUUCAGCCUCCAGACGCAGAGGCAGUUCGGCCGCGGUGCCGUCCACCUCGCUUUCUCAGGAAGAUUUCUUCCCUGUUCCUCUGGAGGUCCUGGAGGAGAUCUUCCUGAAUCUUCCUCCCGAUCAGGUGGUUUGUGUUUGCCGGUUAGUGUGCCAUCAAUGGAAGGGGGUGGCUGACAGCGAAUCACUGUGGAGGGAGAGAUGCAGAAGAGAAGGAUAUCGCCUCCGCCAUGCUUCCAGAACACCCAAAGACUGGAGGUUUUUUUACUUCCUGUGCAAAAAGAGAAGAAAUCUUCUCAAGAAUCCAAGAGCAGAACAGAAAAUGAAGAAUUGGCAGAUAUUGGAGAAUGGUGGUGAUAAGUGGAAAGUAGAGGAAGUUAUGGUGCCACAUCCAAACGAGGCAGUCCAGAAAAACUUUGUGACCUCUUAUAGAAUGUGCAAGAAGUCACAGCUGAUUGAUUUGGAGAUGGAAGGUUACAACCCUUCGUUCAUGGAUCGCUUCCAGCCAGACAUCAAAAUAUCUGAUUGGUAUGCGCCACGAUGGGAUUGUGGCAGUGAAUACGAGAUCCAUGUGGAGUUGCUGAAUCAAAGAAAGAGGCCUAUUCAGACAUUUGCCCCCGAGACUAUUUACUUUGAGCAGUGGAACGAUCAGCAGUGGAACCAGAUGACCCAUGUGUUCCAGAGCUACGGACCAGGAGUGAGAUACAUCCGCUUUACUCACGGAGGCAAGGACACGCAGUUCUGGGCGGGAUGGUAUGGAAUUCGUGUUACCGACAGCUGCGUUGAGAUCUGUCCAGCCAUGGACACAUAGCUCUUUGGGAUUCAUCUAAUGCCUGCUUCCUGCCUUUUGCCUGAAAUUGCAAAAUUGCACCAAGUCUUAUUUGCCUUACGUAAUCUGCAGUUAUUUUACAUGUUGAAGGAACAUUUCUGUGGGUAAAAAUCAAUCAAUCAAUACUGCAUGUGCAUCAGUUUCGUCCUUAAAUGUAAUUUUUGAAACAAUGACACACCUUGAGAAGACAUUUAUAGUAGCAUAUAGCAGAAUUUGGUAAAGCGAAACUGAAAAGUUGGAACAUAUUUGUCCUGACACAAGUGGAAUUGGAAACGUUUAAAAGAAAAAACGCUAUUCUAAAUAAUUCAAAUCUUAGAAGACCGAUUGAAAUACAAUUUAUUUACUUUAAAUUAAAAUAUUAUACCUUUUACUGCAUCAGGGUGAAAGAGGUUCACGUGCCUCAUACACAUAUCUUUAUGCAAGGUUCUUUGUUUUUGUACCAAAGAGCCGUUACAGUCCCUGAGAAUUUUUUUUUCACUUUGAAAACAGCCAUAUCAGUUUUAGGUUCAGAUAACAGUUUAUCGGUCUUUAUUUGUAAUGAAAACAUGCACGUGAGCCUGAAUGAAAUUGUUUUCUGUGAAGUGUUUUCGUUCGCCAGCUGGUCAUGGAGAUUGUUGGGACAAUAUGGCGCAUACAGCAUCGAGGCUCUUUCAGUGAACUUCCUGGCUCUGUUUGUGUCUCGGCGAUAUGCACUGAAAGAUGUGUGAUCAUAAAACACAUGAAGUUAUAUGAAGUCAGCAGUAGGUACUGUGAUGCCAUUAUUUCUGACAACAUCCAUACAGGUCAGAAUGAAUGCAAAAAAAAAUCACAAAUCACAAAGAAAUCAAUUUAAAUGCUCUUUAACACUGAAGCACUAUUGGUUUGACAAACCAGCUUGAAUGGAAAUAUUUUUUGCACUGCUCUGUAAUGUGAGUUGUAAUGUUGAAGAAGUGUCAUUUUAACUGUUCUGUAUUGUAUUUUUCACCUCUACAUUAUCUGUGGAAAAUAUACUUUAUUAAUGUAAUCAUCAGGCCAGACAACAACAUGUACUAUAUGAAGUUAGGUUUAUUCAUAAUACUGGUUUAUUGUGAUGCAAUAUACAGUACAACUUUGAUGUCAAUUUGAAUAAAAAUCAGAGUCCAAGCAACUCGUUCUCUUAAUAUU